GGCCGUUACAGGUGAAUUGUGCUAUUGUAAUGUUGGCAAUUUAUAGUUAGCGCCAGAAUAGGAGGCUUUUCACUCAUUCGCUUGUUACUGCAAGAACGGUAGCGCCAUAAACUACAGCAAGACGUUUAAAAUUCUUCGAUCUAAAAGUGCGGUAACUAUACGAUUAAUUUGUACCAUUGUAAAAUUAAGUGUUUUAUUCUUUAAGCGUGGGCUUUAAAAGUUGCUUUCAAAUUCUUGGUUCGCCGGUAAAACUUAUUCACGUACGCUCAUUUCUUACUCUAUAGUCCUGCAGAUUUGGAAAAAUGUUUGGCAGUGGCAACAGCGGCGAGAAACAGCUCCAAGACCCAAGAACUACAGAAAUAAGGAAAUGUGUACGGAGCUACAACAAGCAGAUGAAAUCACUGGAGUUUUCCAGACUACGAUCCCUUGUUCCAGCUACAGCCUCUCGCCCUCGUGUUUCCAAGGUAUGAAAUUCUAAAAUACACCACGGAAUCAGGAUGUACAAAAGUCUCAAAAAAUUCCAAAAGGCAAAUCGAUGUUUUCUUCUGUCUUUCAGAUCGAGGUCAUCGAAGAAGCGAUAAAAUACAUUGCCUAUCUUCAAGCUACGCUCAGUUCGCGUUUCGAGGAACCCAGUGAAAGUAAGUUUGUCGAAAGCGUUCCGGAACUUGACCGGAGAGGACUGAGCGCACAUUUUAACCUGGCUAUUUUUCCCCUCUUAGGCAACAACAAUAGCGUGGUAGUUGAGCAGACAGAGGGCGAAAGAAGGCCGAAAAUACUCAGGCAAAAAAGGAAACGUUUCGCUUCAUAUAUGAUUAAAACACAGAGACACACACUUCCAGCGCGGCGAAAAUUUUCAAGUAAGUCUGCAGAAAUCUGUGUAUUUCUUUUUGCUGUCUGA